AGGAUAAGGAAUUAAAAGGAGCGAAGCAGAAGAUAGAAAAGGUAGUGGGGCUACAUUCAGAUAUAAAUACAUAGGAGAAGCAGUUCGAUUGUAUUACUGGUAGCGAUAGUGAAAGUUAAAGAGGGUGCACUCACAGCCUUGGUUUUUUGAAGCAGUGAUUUUGUAGGCGAUGGAUUCAUUUGAUCCAGCUGGAGAUGGUUCCCACGACAAAAAUGGGUCACAGGAGGAGGAAGCCUUGCCACCUCCUCCACCUAUUCUUCCACCAAAUGUGGUUCCCUUGCAAGUAGAAUCCGAACCACCAAAGAAAAUGGUUGUCAGGACUCCCGUAGCUAGGCGCGGUCUUGGAUCCAAAGGCCAAAAAAUAACUUUGUUAACCAAUCACUUUAAAGUUAAUGUUAACAAAGUUGAUGAUUAUUUCUUCCAUUAUUGUGUUUCUCUCUCUUAUGAAGAUGGACGCCCUGUUGAAGCUAAGGGUGUUGGAAGAAAGGUCCUUGAUCGAGUGCAUGAAACUUAUGAGACCGAGUUAGGGGGAAAGAAAUUUGCAUAUGAUGGAGAGAAAAGUUUAUUCACUGUUGGUGCACUUCCUCGCAACAAACUUGAGUUCACUAUUGUCCUUGAGGAUGUCGCUUCUAGCAGAAAUAAUGGAAAUUCAAGCCCUGAUGGACAUGGUAGUCCUAAUGAGAGUGAUCGGAAGAGAAUGCGGCGUCCAUAUCAUUCAAAAACCUUUAAAGUGGAUAUUAGUUACGCUGCAAAAAUUCCUAUGCAGGCCAUUGCAAAUGCGCUCCGCGGACAGGAAUCUGAGAACUCCCAGGAAGCCAUAAGGGUCCUGGACAUUAUAUUGCGUCAGCAUGCAGCUAAACAGGGCUGUCUUCUUGUGCGCCAGAAUUAUUUUCAUAACGAUCCAAAGAACUUUACAGACGUAGGAGGUGGUGUUCUGGGCUGUAGAGGCUUUCAUUCCAGUUUUAGAACCACACAGGGAGGCUUGUCUCUGAAUAUUGAUGUAUCAACUACCAUGAUAAUCCAGCCAGGUCCUGUUGUUGAUUUUCUCAUUCUCAACCAGGGUGUGAGAGAUCCCUUUUCACUUGAUUGGACUAAGGCUAAAAGGACCCUAAAAAAUUUAAGGAUCAAGGCGAGUCCCUCUAAUCAAGAAUACAAGAUCACUGGUUUGAGUGAGUUGCCUUGCAAAGAUCAGAUGUUUCAAUUAAAGCAGAAGGGAAGGGAUGACAGCGACAUGAUUGAAAUAACUGUUUAUGAUUACUUUGUAAACCACCGUAAUAUAGAAUUGCGCUAUUCUGCUGAUCUGCCAUGCAUCAAUGUUGGAAAGCCAAAGCGGCCUACUUUUAUUCCUAUAGAGCUUUGUUCGUUGGUGUCCUUGCAACGUUACACUAAAGCUCUCAACACGCUUCAAAGAUCUUCGUUGGUGGAGAAGUCAAGGCAAAAGCCACAAGAAAGGAUGAGUACUUUAUCAAAUGCUUUGAAAACCAGCAACUAUGAUGCUGAACCUAUGCUACGGUCAUGUGGUAUUUCAAUCAAUAGUAGUUUUGCUCAAGUUGAUGGCCGUGUGUUGUCAACACCAAAGCUAAAAGUAGGCAAUGGAGAUGAUCUUUUUCCAAGGAAUGGUCGUUGGAACUUCAAUAACAAGAAACUCGUGGAUCCAUGUAAGAUUGAGCGAUGGGCUGUUGUGAACUUCUCAGCACGUUGUGAUGUGCGUAAUCUCGUACGAGAUCUGACAAAAUGUGCAGAGAUGAAAGGCAUUUCUGUUGAGCCUCCUUUUGAUGUAUUUGAGGAGAAUCAACAGUUUAGACGUGCCCCACCAACUGUUAGGGUUGAGAAAAUGUUUGAACAGAUACAAUCUAAACUUCCUGGAUCUCCAAAGUUUCUUUUGUGUUUACUUUCUGAGAGGAAAAAUUCCGAUGUAUAUGGUCCAUGGAAGAAGAAGAAUCUUUCUGAUUUUGGAAUUGUCACUCAGUGCAUUGCUCCUCAAAGGGUCAAUGACCAGUAUCUAACGAAUGUUCUACUGAAGAUAAAUGCAAAGCUUGGCGGAUUAAAUUCCAUGUUAUCGGUAGAACACUCUCCCUCUAUACCGCUUGUUUCCAAGGUUCCUACCAUCAUCAUUGGUAUGGAUGUAUCACAUGGCUCUCCUGGACACUCUGAUGUCCCUUCAAUUGCUGCGGUAGUCAGUUCUAGGCAAUGGCCAUUGAUUUCUCGGUAUAGGGCAUGUGUGCGCACUCAGUCUCCAAAGGUUGAAAUGAUAGAUUCUCUAUACAAGCGAGUGUCUGACACGGAGGAUGAAGGAAUUAUGAGGGAGCUUUUGUUGGACUUUUAUUCUAGUUCAGGGAAAAGAAAACCAGAACAAAUUAUCAUAUUCAGGGAUGGUGUUAGUGAAUCGCAGUUCAAUCAGGUUUUGAAUAUUGAACUAGAUCAGAUUAUUGAGGCUUGUAAGCACCUGGAUGAAAAAUGGAACCCCAAGUUUGCCGUGAUUAUUGCACAGAAAAAUCAUCACACAAAAUUCUUCCAGCCUGGAGCUCCUGAAAAUGUCCCUCCUGGAACUAUAAUUGACAAUAAAGUUUGUCAUCCUCGCAACAAUGAUUUCUAUUUGUGCGCUCAUGCUGGAAUGAUUGGAACUACAAGGCCAACUCAUUAUCAUGUUCUAUUAGAUGAAAUUGGUUUUUCGCCUGAUGAUCUUCAAGAACUUGUCCACUCUUUGUCAUACGUGUAUCAGAGGAGCACAACUGCCAUUUCUGUAGUUGCACCAGUAUGCUAUGCUCAUCUAGCUGCCACUCAGAUGGGACAGUUUAUGAAGUUUGAGGACACAUCAGAGACAUCGUCAAGCCAUGGUGGGGUAACAUCUGCUGGAGCUGUUCCUGUCCCACAGAUGCCUAAAUUGUCUGACAAAGUUUCUAGUUCCAUGUUCUUCUGCUGAGCUUGGAACCGAUUUUGUAAAAAGCGAACUCUGGGUGAUGUCCUUUUGAAGUGCAGGGGAUGCACUUGGCUUUUAUUUUGACUAUGGGUAGUAGUUUUUACAAGUUUAUGAUGCAGUGCAGUUUGGAACUAAGAAGUAGGUUCUAUAGGUUUUAUGAUACAGUGCUGUUGGGAAGUAGUUUUUACAAGUUUUAAGGAUGUAGUGCUCUGUAAGUAAGGUCUAACUUGAUAACUCUGAUCUUUUGUGUGCGUUUUUAGUUUUUGCUUCAAUCUAUGUUUUCUGCAUCACUCAUUUUAGUA